AUGGUAGCUAUGGGAACGUUUCCAACUGGCCUUGCAUUGGCCAUUGAGAAGAAAAGUAGGCGAAUAGAAAUAUCAUUAUACUGCCUUGCCCGAGCGAUCGAGAGUUUCUUCACAUGCGUAGCUGAUGCAGGAUAUCUGCCACAAUCAAGAAGGAUCAAGAGGGCUGAUGUGGUGGUUUUCAGCUUGUCAACAGCCAUCAUAAUGCAUUGUUAUGCAGAGGAGAGGGAGGUGUUUAAAUCCAAAUACUUGAAUGUCCUUGAUUGGGUAUUUGGUGUACCUCCUCCUCCAUGUGAAACCCCACGAUGCAAAGAUAGGUAG